GGCCUCCUUUUUUCAUUUGAAGUCUUGAAACAUCAUUGUUCUCUUUAAAAUUAAUUCGACUUUCUAGGAAGUUAAUGUGAGAAGCGGCUCGAAAUGGCAUCAGUUCGACGUUUUGAAAAUAACCUGGGCGACUAUUACGAGGGGGUGACUGUGCGUCCAGACGUUGCGAUGCUCAAAGGGAAGAUCAUGGAUUUGGCGAAUCAGAUGAUCAAUAAGUUCCCGCCAGUUCCCAAAAACCCCGCCACAGAAGGCAAAGCAGAAGGCUCACUGUAUGUGGGUCUAGGUGGAAUGGCAUACAGUCUCUGGCACAUAGCGAAGUCAGGCAUAUUACCUGAACACAAUUCAAGACUUCUUCAGACGGCUAAAAUGUACAUGGAGAUAGCACUGGGCAAGAUCUUCCUCAAACACGUAGACGCAUUUGACGAGGUAGCUUUUCUAUUGGGCAAUGUGGGAAACUACUUGGCCGCUGCCUUCAUUUACGAGUCACUCGGCGAGAAAGAGAAAUUACGAGAUAUGAUUGUUCGUCUGGGUGCUGCAAGUGGCAUCUGCGAGCCAAUCAGAUUCCACAAACACGGAAGUGACGAACUGUUCGUGGGCAGAGCGGGAUAUCUCACAGCCGUGCAGAGUGCGAUUAGAGUGCUGGGUCAGGGAUCACCCGUGCACAGUGCAACCAGACAGAAGCUGACCACUGCCAUGUUGGAGAGUGGACUGUCCUCCGAGUCCCAAUUUAGAAAGUCGGGACAGUGCCCUCUCAUGUAUGCCUACUACGGAGAGGAAUACUUAGGAAUGGCUCAUGGUCUCACGGGAAUUCUACUAGCUCUGCUCAAUGAACCAUCAGUGCAUGCAAAUGCAGAGAGUAUUCAGCAAGUGAAGAGAUCAGUCGACUUCGUUCUUCAAACACAAGCUGCCAAUGGAAACUUCCACCCGGGAACGAACGAACUGACGUUUCAGAGACCCCCCGAGCACGAACUUGUCCAUUGGUGCCACGGAGCACCUGGUGUUAUAAAUUUGCUGGCCAAAGCGUACUUGGUGUUCAAAGAGGAAAAAUAUUUGCAGGGUUGCAUCAAAGCGGCUGACUGCAUAUGGAAGCGGGGACUGAUUAAAAAGGGACCUGGUAUCUGCCAUGGAAUAGCGGGUAAUGGGUACGCGUUCCUCCUCAUGUACAGACUGACUGGGGAUGACAUGUACUACCACCGAGCACUUCAGUUCGCUCAAUUCAUUUUCACUAGUGAUUUUGAGAUGGGCGCUCGGAGUCCAGACGAACCCUGGAGUCUGUACGAGGGAUGGGCAGGAACAAUUUGCUUCCUAGUCGAUCUACUACAACCGAACAAAGCAGAGCUGCCGUUCGCACAUGUCUUCUGAUCUGUCAUCAAACACAAUCAUUCUCAAUGAAAUUGUAAAUCGAAAUUUGUAUAUCUUUGUACAUAUGAUAGUUUAAAUUUACCAAAAAUAGUUUUUGAAAAAUG